CUCUCUCCUCCUGUUUCCCACACUGCAGUGGCCUGGCCGGCGUCCUCCUCCCCCUCCCUCUGUCUCGCCCCUCUGUCCUCUCCACUUGAGAAGAACACAAUUAGAAAAAAAAAAGGCAAAAAAACAUUUACCUUUUUUUCUAUCUAUAUUAUCUGAAUAAAUCAAGAAGAGGAAGAGGGGAGGGGAGAGCAGGGAGGGGGAGGAGCAGCAAAUCUAGACGCCAUAGCAAUAAGCUCGCGAGAAGGGGAAGGGGGGAGAGAGAGCUUCGCUGGUGUAUUGAUUGCUCGCUGCUGCUCCAGUCCUGCAUUCGUGCCGUUUCUGGCAAGUAGGUGGCGUGGCAAGCAUGGUGCCGGGCUAUGACUGCGCUGCCUCCGUGCUGCUGUGCGCGGAGGACAACGCUGCUAUUCUCGGCCUGGACGAGGAGGGGGAGGAGUCCUCUUGGGCGGCCGCCGCUACGCCGCCGCGCGACACCGUCGUCGCCGCCGCCGCCACCGGGAUCGCCGUCGACGGGUUCUUGACGGAGCUCCCCUUGCUCUCGGAUGAGUGCGUGGCGGCGCUCGUGGAGAGGGAGGUGGAGCACAUGCCCGCUGAGGGGUACCCCCAGAAGCUUCAGCGACGGCAUGGGGACCUGGAUUUGGCCGCCGUCAGGAAGGACGCCGUCGAUUGGAUUUGGAAGGUCACUGAGCAUUACAAUUUCGCACCGUUGACUGCAGUAUUGUCUGUGAACUACCUCGAUAGAUUCCUCUCCACGUAUGAGUUUCCUGAAGACAGAGCUUGGAUGACUCAGCUCUUGGCAGUGGCAUGCUUGUCUUUGGCUUCGAAAAUGGAAGAGACUUUUGUGCCACUCCCCUUGGAUUUGCAGGUAGCCGAGACAAGGUUUGUUUUUGAGGGAAGGACCAUAAGAAGGAUGGAGCUUCAUGUGCUGAGUACCUUAAAGUGGAGGAUGCAUGCUGUUACUGCUUGCUCAUUUGUUGAACAUUUUCUUCAUAAGUUGAGUGAUCAUGGUGCACCCUCCUUGCUCGCACGCUCUCGCUCUUCCGAUCUUGUCUUGAGCACUGCUAAAGGUGCUGAAUUUGUGGUAUUCAGACCCUCAGAGAUUGCUGCCAGUGUCGCUCUUGCUGCAAUGGGGGAGUGCAGAAGUUCUGUAAUUGAGAGGGCUGCUAGUAGUUGCAAGUAUUUGAACAAGGAGAGGGUUUUAAGAUGCCAUGAAUUGAUCCAAGAGAAGAUUACUAUGGGAAGCAUUGUCCUAAAGUCUGCUGGAUCAUCAAUUUCCUCUGUGCCACAAAGCCCCAUUGGUGUACUGGAUGCUGCAUCCUGUCUGAGUCAACAAAGCGAUGAUGCUACUGGUGGUUCUCCUGCAGUAUGUUACCAUAGUUCUUCGACAAGCAAGAGGAGAAGGAUUACUAGGCGUCUGCUCUAAUUGUGAUAUGCUUCAGGUGUGCUCCUCACCGCUUUAGGAGUUUUUGAUUGGUCCAAUCAUCUUAAAUUUAGUUUGGCCGCCUGAGGAUUAUGGUUUAGUCAAGUAGUUGCUCAAUGGAACAACAAAACAUGCACACUACUUGGUUCAUAAAGAAGAAAAAAAAUAACAAGCAGCGUCCUGUGAGCCAGUGCUGCAAGCCAGUUCAUGCAAUUGGCAUCCGUAAGGGGAAUUCAAGACCCUAGAGUCCAGGGAUGCUGGUGUAGGUAGAGAGGGAACAAGGAACUUACAUACGCUGUAGAGAUGAGAGCUCUCUCGUACCAUUUUGUACUUUUGCUCCUUCAAUUUGCAAUGAACUUUAGGCAAGGAUUGCCUUGGGCAUUGAACAUUUGUCGAGUGAGAAGAAUCCAAAGAUGGAUGCGGCAGAGGAAUAGAACAAUUUGAUAUAUUUCAUGAACUACAGAUAUAUAUUUUCUUUUCUUAAUGACGAGCUAUCAUUUUGUUGAUGAUAA